AUGCCCAUUCCUAUCAGAGUAGCGACUUGUCACGUGUCGUCUAUUUUCCUAUCAGCCAAAAAGACCACCCAAAAGGCCAUUGGACUGAUUGAACAGGCGGCGGCACAGAGAGCCAACCUCGUCGUCUUCCCGGAGACAUUCAUCCCUGCAUUUCCUGUAUGGAGUGCCAUUCGCCCACCAACUGCCAACCAUGACCUUUUUAAGCGCAUGGCAACAGAGUCAAUAUAUGCCGAUGGAGAGGAGAUUCAGGAUAUACGCGCAGCUGCAAAGGAGUUCAACAUGAUGGUUAGCCUUGGCUUUUCAGAAAAGGUUGGCUUCAGUAGUGCCACACUAUUCAAUUCCAAUCUCUUCAUCAGCGGCCAGGGUGAAGUUCUUAUUCAUCAUCGGAAGUUGGUACCGACUUUUUUUGAGAAGCUCACCUGGGCCCCCGGCGAUGGCCAUGGUUUGCGAGUUGCCGAAACGCCGUUUGGAAAAAUUGGCAACCUGAUCUGUGGCGAGAACACCAACCCGCUCGCCAGAUAUGCCCUCAUGGCCCAGGGUGAACAAAUUCACAUAUCGACUUGGCCGGCGAUAUGGCCAACCCGGCUUGAGGAUGCGACGGGUCCAACUGCAUCACGCGGCGCAAACUAUGACAAUGUUGCAGCCAAUCGAACUCGUGCUGCUGGCCACUGUUUUGAAGCCAAAUGUUUUGGUGUCCUCUGCUGUGGCGUGCUGGGACAGGAUUCGAUUGAGGAAAUUUCCGGCGGCUCCGCGCAUUUGAGGCGCGUGUUGGAGGACUCCCAGCGCGGCGCUACCAUGUUUCUGGAUCCUACGGGAGCGCAGUUGACAGGCUUUACUGUCAGCAAUGAGACACAGACCCAAACGCCUACUCCCUUUUUGCAAGAUGUUGAGGGAAUCUUGUACGCGGAUAUAAACGUGGAGGACUGCGUUGAAGGAAAACAGUACCACGACGUCGUGGGCGGCUACCAACGACUGGAUGUAUUUGACUUCAAGGUCAACAGGACACGCCGGUGUCCAGCUACGUUUGUGAGCCAAGAUGAUGCAAAGACGGUUCAAGAUUAG